CCGCAACUAACACUCUGUUACAGAAACAAGACUACAUGUCCAUUCAUUACUUUCUGCAACGAACGCUCUAUUACAGAAACAAGACCAUAUGCCCACUGGUUACUCCCCGCAACAAAUGCUCUGUUGCAGAAAUAAGAGAAAUAGCAGGGAGCACCACCAUCGCCACAUCGGCCAGAAAAUGGGAGAAGGGACCUCUGAACCAUACCUGCUUGAGUCGUCGCCAGCCACCGUCGAUCCCGAGCCAGUCGUCGACGCCACCGUGUUGGAUAAGCCCCGGUCGCCCAACGCCUUGCGCCGCCGUGUCUGCCGCCCUCCCAAAUCUAGCCGCUCACACUCCCAGCCACGCGAGCCCACACUUCUAUGGGAUGAAACCCUCCUUCUGUUAUCCAGUUGCAGGAAGGGUUGUCCUGAAACAAGAGGUGAGUUGCAGGAAACGAACACGCCUCGAGCAAGACGCGGGAGUGCUCUCGACCGUCUGAUAAAGCAUAGAUCGGAUGGCCACGGAGACGGCGGACGGGUGCGCGCAAUCAGCCGGUAGAAGGUAAGUUUUUCCCUAACAAAUAACAUGAGGAGAGAAAAAAAUAGAAGUACAUGAUCCGUGUAAAUACAUGUCGAAUAAGCUAAGCUAAGGAAGAAAGAACACUCUGUACAAUUUACAAAAACUGUACAGAAAUAAAGAACAGACGGCCCCGGCCAACACUCACCAAAGCCAUCUCAUCUUAUGUGCUUUCCAAGCCAAUCAAAAAAAUUGAAGCAUGCAAUCACCCGAUUGGCAAACCAUACAGAAGCAAUAGCGCGGCGCAAGCUACACCAUAUACGUACAAACCAGAGGAGCGCAGCAGCGAUCCAAACUCGGGAGAGAUGGCCGCGGCAGCUCACCUCCGUGGUCACAUCGUCUUCAAUUCGGCGAGCAACGCCCGGCGUCACACGCAGGCCCCCGCCCCGUCGCUCUCGCGCGGUCGCCUCCCAACGGCUCGAAAGCCGCCCGUGGCUCGCUGCCAGCGCCACGGCGUAGGGGCCUUGGAACUAGACGACGGAGCGGCGAGGCGGCCGGCGCCGCGGUUCCUGUGCCUGCACGGGUUCCGCACCAGCGGGGAGAUCAUGCGGAGGCAGGUGGCGGACAGGUGGCCCGCCGGCGUCACGUCCCGCCUGGACCUCGCCUUUCCCGACGCGCCCUUCCCCGCCGAGGGCGACUCCCCGGUGCGCGGCGUCUUCGACCCGCCCUACUACGAGUGGUGCCGCUUCGCCGGCGAGGAUCACUUCACACCCGGGAUCGAUCGAUCGAUCUCGGGACAGGAUUUUUUGAAGUACAAGAACUUCGGCGAGUGCUUGGCCGGCAUCGAGGAGCUGAUGGUGAGACAAGGGCCGUUCGACGGACUGUUCGGCUUCUCUCAGGGCGCCCUCCUGUCGGCCGCGCUUGUUGGGCUCCAGCAACAAGGGCUGGCCUUGAACAGGGUUCCUAGGGUGAAGUACGUUAUGAUCAUAUCCGGUGCGAAGAUCCAGUCCCCGGCAUUGGCCGCCAAGGCGUACGCCAACAAGAUCAACUGCGCUUCGCUUCAUUUCAUUGGCGACGGUGACUUCGUGAAAGCCCACGGCGAGGAGCUGGCGGACUCGUUCGUGGAUCCGCUUGUCAUACGCCACCCGGCCGGGCACACGGUCCCCAGACUCGGUAAGCGCGCCUGGCCCGUAGAUUUGGAAGAGAGCAUUUGGGUUCAUGGCCGAACGGGACCGGAACGUUCAGAAAGAGCAAGGGAAGGUUAUUGACUGAGUUUUGCUGGUUUACAUUUUGUUUUCUGUGUGCUCGACAUUUGCAGACGAGAAGGGCCUCCAGGCGAUGCUCAGCUACCUUGACAAGAUCGAAAGGGAUCUGGCGAGAGAUUAAUCAAUUGUGCUGACCGCCACUCUGUUUCAUGAGUUUAUGGCAUAGCAGACUAGUAGUAGUAACAUCUACUCCCUCUGUUUCUAAAUAUUACUAAUCCUUUAGAGAUUUUUAUAUGAACUACAUAUGGAUGUAUAUAGAGGUAUUUUAGAUGUAAAUUCAUCCAUUUCGCUCCAAUGUAGUUCAUAUUAGAAUCGCUAAUAAGACCUAUAUUUAGGAGCGGAGGAAGUAACAUGGAUGACUGACAUUUGAAGACCACGAUAACCGUUUAACACAAGGCUGCAGAAAUGUAUUAGGUUGUUACCAUUUCCAUUCCUAUGAAUAAGAAGCGGUCGCAUUUUGAGAUUUAACUAAAUAGUGGAGAUCGUGAAAGCCAUUUCAUUUGGCAGGGGACAGUUCUGAAGAUCAAGAAGGUGUUGGGAUAGGCGUAUGCAAGGGGGCUAGGAGGAUCUGCUUGAGCUCUAUUCUUUUGCGUGCUCUGGGUGUGUGAGCUCAAAUAUGAACUUCCGGUUUUUGCUUAGGCCUAGCAGAGCUGUGUUUCAAGCUUCCUGCGUGUAGUUGUUGUCUGUCUGCCUCAUAUGUUCCCAGGCUUUCUUUUUCUUUUUGCCAUUUCCACUCUUUAGUUUCAUGUAAUAGAUGAAAAUCGAUGAGGAGGCUCAUUGUUUCAAAAGAAAUUUGGCGCAAGACAAUGUUCUUAUCUAUAAUUGUGUAACUCAAAACGUCGAUAUUUGUUUAACUCAAAACGUCGAUAUUUGUUUAACUCAAAACCGGAUAAUACAAUGCUCUAGUCUUGA